UGUAUAGUAAUUAUAUUUAUGCCAUUUUGACGUCAUUAAUGGGCUAUAUAACACAAUUGAAUAUUGAAUUUUGAUCGCAUUGUACGUGCAGAAAAUAUACGAUAUAUUUUCAAAUACAGCUAACAUUGACAUGGAGAUCUUAAGGAUAACUCUUUUGCUGAUUAUACCCGGUACUGUUUUUGCAGGCGCUGGUAAUCGAUGGACCUAUGAGGGAGAAUUGGGUCCGGAACAUUGGAAGGUUGAUUAUGAAAUUUGUGGUAAACAGGAGCAGUCGCCUAUAGAUAUUGUUACGAGCGAAGUGCGUCUUAAUACAAGUAUACCAGAUUUUAAUUUAUCGAGUUAUGACACAGUUAAUGGUAUAGAUCAAGAGUUAGAGAAUGUUGGGGGACACACAGCUGAAGUUAAAUAUAAUGGCGGCCUGUCUCUGAUUAUUACUGGUGGAGGUCUUGCAGGCGAAUAUAAGGUUGACCAGUUUCACUUUCACUGGGGUUCUGCAAAUUCUUAUGGAUCUGAACAUCAAAUGAACGGAAAACCCUUUAGCAUGGAGAUGCAUAUCGUUCACCAUUCUACUCAGUAUGCCAAUUUAACAGACGCUCUAGAUAAACCAGAUGGUUUGGCUGUUCUGGGUUUCUUCUUUAAGGUGGGUGAGACAAAUCCGGCUUUUGAUUCACUGUUGGCAGAAUUUGGUAGUAUUGAACAUGCAGAAGACAAGAUAAAACUGGAUACACAAAUAAAGCUCUCUUCCCUUUUGCCUAAAAAUAUGUCAGUGUUCUGGCGUUACCAUGGUAGCUUAACAACUCCGCCUUGCUACGAAACCGUUAUCUGGACAUUAUUCUAUGAACCAAUCAUUGUAUCCGAAGAACAGAUGUCCAAAUACAGGUCUCUCAAAAGAAACAAAGUAGGAGAAGAGGAAAAGGACCUCGUGAAUGACUUCCGGCCUCUACAACCUCUGAAUCGUCGUGUUGUAGAAACUAACAAUGAGUUAGGUUUGAGCUCUGGAUCUAAGAAAGGUGUCCAAAUCUAUUUAAGUCUUGUUAUCUGUUUACAAUUAGUUUUACUAGCAUUAGUUAACAGAAGUUAAUCAAAGAAAUAGUGCAUAGGGAAAUGAAAGGGGAAAGGGGUGGGUAGGCUUUGUAAACUUCUUACAAUGUUAUCGGCAUAAUCGGAUUUAAAGCGGAUGUUGAGUUUUUAGACCGGACUUUCGGAUGUUCCUGAGCUAAAUACUUCAUCAUCUAGUUAAAUUUCAAGAAUAUGUUAAAAGAAAACUUUCUUGGGAAAACAUCUCUUUAAGUUUAUCGCCUGUCGGAACUGUUUUAAUGUUUCUAUGACGGGCUAUGGCAAUAUGGGGGAUAUUUUGCUGAACGAAAAAUUGCAUUCUUCCCAUGUGUUCUUCCUGUCGUCGUUUUUGCCGAUACUUUAAAGGUUGGGGUGGGAUGGGGUCUUACCUUAUCCGUAUUAAACUCUUAGCUGCUAUAUGCAUCACGAUACCUGUGUUCUCGGCGUAAUCAAAAUCGCAGUAUUAUUGUCUUUCAGCUGUUUUGAAAUUGGCCUACCUUUACAUUAACUUUUGUUAGGUAUUAUAAUCUACGAUUAGCCCGCCAUGGUUCUUUGUUGAUAAUUUGCCCUGAAACUAAAUUCUUACUGUCAACAGGUUUCAACAAAAUAGAGACAUAUAUAUUUGUAUAUAUAUUUAGAUUGCCGAUACUAAGAUAUAAUUUGUCACAGAAUGGAUCAGUUCCUACUGAAGUAUAAAAAAUCAAAAUGAAGUACAGCUUUUCAAUGAGAAAUGUGUACUUAAAUUUAGCUUACACGUCCCCCUUAUAUUAUCCUUAAUUGAUGUAUAAAAGUUGUUGACAAAAAUCGACUAAUAAUAAUCGCCCUUCUUCUAUUAACUACAUCGAUUACAUAAAGUAAAUCAAAAUCGAAACACAAUAUAAUCAAAACUAGAAAUCCAAUUAUAUAUGUUACAGUUUUUUUUUAAUAUAUUUUUUAAAUAGUUUUUAUUUAGCCGAAACUAAUUCAUCUCAUACAAUGUCUUCAAUGUUUAACUAAAUACUAACUUGGGAAUUUUAAAAGAGUUUAUUGUUUUUAAGGUGAUAUUUGCAUGAAAAGAAAAGAAAUUUUGAAAAAAGAAAUCCGUCGAAUUUUGCAAGUUGUGUUUUAAGCUAAAGAUUUCAUCAUGAACUUGUUUAUGAUAUUUCGGGAUCUUUGUAGAACAUUUUAUUGAAACUAUAUUACGGUUUCAUUUAUACAAGACAGUUUGGAAUACUAGUAUGUCACAAAAUAUGAAAUUUUUUGAUAUCUCUGAGUCGCAAUAUCACCUUUUAGGCUAUAUAUUAUCGUUUAUUUUUUCAUAAUUACGUUUUUCUGUUUAUGUUUUAUGAUUAUAUUAUGUUAUUCCUUGAUUCUUCUUGGUAUGGUGCUAUUUCUUAAGUUUAAGAGUGACUGACGGUUUUCAAACAACUGGACUUAAAUUCAUCACACAUUCAAAUAUAAUAAAUUCUGUAUUCAAAAUAUUUCCUAUUAAAUAACAGCCAAAAUAUGUUCUUGUAUUUUUAUAAACACAUCAAAUCGUUGUAGAUUUUGUUAAAUUGUAUAGAUUUGAUGUUUUCAUAGAAAUGUCUCAAAUAUGUGAACCUUACAAUUAUCCUAUUACUUCUUGUUUUUUAUUUGGAAAAUAAAUCAUUGUUUUAUCUUUUUU